CGGUGCAUGUGGCUGUGACGUCACUGCACGCGCCACAUCUUGUUGCCGGGCAGCGAUGGCGGCUACUCUGGAGUCCGCGGAGGACCCACUGCGGAACUUUGUUCGAGUUUUGGAAAAGCGAGAUGGCACGGUGUUACGACUGCAGCAGUAUGGCUCCGGCGGCGUGGGCUGCGUUGUUUGGGACGCUGCCAUUGUCCUUUCUAAGUACCUAGAAACGCCGGGGUUUUCCGGGGAUGGGGCCCACUCUCUGAGCCGGCGGUCCGUGCUGGAGCUGGGCUCCGGCACUGGGGCCGUAGGGCUCAUGGCUGCUACCCUCGGGGCUGAUGUUGUGGUCACAGAUCUUGAGGAAUUGCAGGACUUGCUGAAGAUGAAUAUUAAUAUGAACAAGCAUCUUGUCACUGGUUCUGUUCAAGCCAAGGUACUGAAAUGGGGGGAAGAAAUAGAAGACUUUCCUUCUCCACCAGACUAUAUCCUGAUGGCCGACUGCAUAUACUAUGAAGAGUCUUUGGAGCCGUUGUUGAAAACUCUAAAAGAUCUUAGUGGAUUUGAGACUUGUAUUAUAUGUUGUUAUGAACAACGAACAAUGGGAAAAAAUCCAGAAAUCGAGAAAAAAUAUUUUGAGCUCCUCCAACUAGACUUUGACUUUGAAAAAAUUCCUUUGGAGAAACAUGAUGAAGAAUAUCGAAGCGAGGAUAUUCAUAUUUUAUACAUCAGAAAGAAAAAAUCGAAAUCUCUGUCGUGAAAUCUUUAGUCACCUUACCCAAGCCUCUAACAACCUGGAGCAUGGGAAUGAAAUUGGAGAGGUGAGGACUAUCAGGCAGAGAGGUGUUAAAGAUGGGUCCUGCCAGCUCCUGCAGAGGACUUGAGCAGCAACAUGGAGAAGUUCAAAGGCAGGUGCGGAAGAUGAGUGAGGUGUGAUGCCAAGGACUGGGGAUCAACCAGAAUACAACCAACUCCAAUCCCCCGGCACUGCCAGGGCUGGGGUCAAGUGAGAAGACAGCUCAGGAAUGAACCUCUGGACCUCUAGUUGAGUGGGGGCUUGCCACUGUGCACCAUGAAACCCACAGGCCAGUUAUCAGAAUGCAGUUAUAGCCCAUUAAGGUGGCCCCGUUGUAAGGCAGUGUUUCUCAAACUAGGCUGCACAUGGGAUCACCUGGAAAAUGAAAAGCAAACGAAAGCCAUGUUUGGGUCCCAAUUAAAUUUAAAGGCAUGGGAUUUUUAUUAAAGGGCUCCAGGUGGUUUGAGUUUAGCCUAAAUUGAGAACUGCUGUGUUAAGGAACCCUAGCAUCUAUUUCCCAAGGGGAAGGGAGCAAAGGGAGAAGAAAUACAAAAAUAAACCAUCCAUGAUUAGAGUGGGCCUAUACUGCAUAGGGAGGGAAGGAGCUUUGAAUGUGAUGUGGAAUCAUCUACAAAAUAGGUUUUAAAAUAAAUAGGACAGAGAUUUAGAAAUUGACUGUUGACCUGAAAAUUUGGAGAACCUGGUCAAGAAGGCAAAGAUGAUGCUACUCAAGAAGAAAGGGGAGUCUAAUAGCUGGAAAAAUGAAAUUGUUAUAGGCUAGUCUCCAAGGACUUGAGUCUCCCCUGUAUACCAGUUAUAACUAAAGGUCUUUGA